CCGAGGGCUGAAUGGUCAGCGGGGGGUAAUAAAUAGCUGAUCGCGAACGGUCCCCUCCGAUGCCCGGGCGAGGUCGGAGGUAUAAAAGCCUUCUCUCCGCAUACCGGCUCUGCGGACGAGUGACUACCCUUUCCGGACUACUCGUGGGACCAAACAUGAACGCAAACAAUACAAAAACAACAACAACAACAACACCAACUACAACAACCAAAUUGACGACAACAGCAACGACUAAGGACAUGAGCUAUCGGAAUCCUAUAACGGAAUCCGAUGAGGACGAACUACUUGCCUCCAGCCAGGAGACGAGUAAGAGUACUACCGAACAUACCAAACAAAGUAUACCGGUAGAUACAGCAGUGAAAACCACAGAGGUAAGGGACGAAGCGUCCACCUCCAAGGCUGCCAUGAGCACCAACCAAAGUGCACUGGCGGCUAAAAGUGAGAACAAAAAGAAGCGCAAGAAAUCCCAAAAUCAGCUGAGGAAAAACCGGUACCAGAGGGCGGUCUUCAUACUAGGGAAGAUAGCCAAAGACCAGGCAGCCGGUACCCCAGUUGAUGAGGCUGAAACAAAGCGCCUCAAAUCCAUCGUAGAGGAAUAUGAAGGCUACCUGAAAAGGAAGCAAUCACAACCUCAAGUAGAGAACAAACUAGAGAGCACUUCUCAAAAGAGAAAUCGCUCCAUCACAGAGGUACCCGGAACUCAGCCCAAAAAACCGAGGCGGAGUGAAGGAGAACACAGCAGCACAACAACGGCAAGGCAUUUCUGCGAUGUAGCCAGGGAUAGCCUGCAGGUGGCCAUUAUAGAUGGAAAUUCCUCCUCUCCGGGCACAAUACAGGAGAGAUGGGUGGAGAUCGACGUCAGAUUGUCGAGUAUGGUGCUAAGCUAUGUACUCGACAAUCCUGCGGGUCCUCACCCGGAGUUUGACUCCUCUGAGACCCUCAGGGGCUACAGGGUCAUCAAAUGCGCGGACCAGGCCUCGCUAGAUUUCCUGACGGGUAGUGUUGCUAUAAUUAGCAACGCCUUCGUAGGCCUCCAAUUGAGGCUUAUACCCGCCAGGGACAUUCCAAAGAGACCUCGUGCUCGCAUUUGGUUACCCCUCUAGAGGAGCCAGGCGAAAAACUCCUGAGGUGCAUUAAGCUGCAGAACAAAUCUAUACCAGGUAUAGAUGAGUGGCAGCUAAUCAAGGAGGAAAAACCUAAUAAAGCAAGUAAGCCAAUACUAGUGGCCAUUUGUGAUGAGUCCAUUGAGGCUCUGAAGAAGACUGACUACAAAAUCAGCUUCGGAAUCCGCAAGGCCAGACUAAAAAUCUUCCAAGGCGACAAAGCGGCUGACGAAGACGACACGGAAGAGGUCGACGACGCCAGCCAGUUGCUAAGGAAUGUGGGCAUCGAAGAAACCCGAGAUGCCCAAUAACAACCUUAGAUGUGUACAGAUAAACCUGCAGCACUCGAAGAGUGCUACAGCGAAUCUGACAACCCUCGUGAACGAGAGGGGCAUCGACAUCAGCCUAGUACAGGAGCCCUGGGUCAAUGAUGAUUCCAUUAAAGGGCUAAACAGCAGCAACUAUAACCUGUUUUACACACGGAACAGAGCACAGCAGAUAUCACAGUGGUAAAGGUGGAACAGAAGGAAAAGCCCUUCUUCUUGGUCUCGGCCUACUUGGCCCAUGACGAAGACUUACCACCGGCCCCGCUCGCCAGACUAGUAGAGGAGAACAGGAGGGAUGAUGUCCUAAUAGGGUGUGAUGCAAACGCAAGGCACACCGUAUGGGGUAGCUCCAAUAUAAACACCAGAGGUGAGUCACUCUUGCAGUAUAUUUUGAAUAGUAAUCUAAGUAUUUGCAACAAGGGCGAUAAGCCAACAUUUACUUUCCCAAGCUCGGAUAGGUUUCCGGGGUGGGAGGAAGUGCUUGACCUCACGCUAUCAACAGACACAGACAGUCUCGUUGUGGAUAACUGGAGGGUAUCCGAUGAGCCUUCCAUGUCGGAUCACUCUUGGAUACUCUUCAGCAUCCGCGAGAAGUACAGUGCGCCUCUCACAUACCGGAACCCUAGAAGAACGGCAUGGGGAAAAUUUACCAGUAUAGCAACAAAAUGCCUUGAAAAGGGAGGCAACAAGAGUAUCAGAAAUCCUGAGGAAUUAGAUUCAGAAGUAGAGAAGUUGGAAAAAAUUUUAACCACAACUUUUAAUAAAUCUACUCCGCUAACAGUUUUGAAAAAGAGAAAGUCUCUUCCUUGGUGGAACAGUGAACUUAAGAGUUUGAGAACACAACUAAGGAAAACUUUCAAUGAGAGUUUUAGAACCAAAAUCUGGCAGCCAUAUAAAGACAUUAUGAAAGAAUACAAAAAAGCAGUCAGGAAAGCUAAAAAGGACUCAUGGCAAUCUUUCUGCACAUCGAUAGAAAGUUGCAGAGAAGCCGCUAGGCUGAGUAAAAUGCUAUCCAAAGAUCAUAUUAACACUGCCUACAUUAGGGCUGAGGGAAGUGAUUGGACCUCCUCGGCAAAAGAGUCUCUGGAGGUACUAAUCACAACGCACUUCCCCGGGAGCCAGCAAAACCUUCAACGAGGGUUCAACCAGAACCACCGCUGAAUGCAGCUGACUAUCGAAGCCAAAUAGUAGACAAAAGUAAAAUCAAAUAUGCCAUAAACAGUUUUGCACCAUUUAAAGCGGCAGGUCCUGACGGGAUUAUGCCCAUAAUGCUGCAAAAACUAGUAGAACCAAUGGUUCUAAGGCUUGAAAAUAUAUACAAGGCUAGCAUUCAACUAUCUUACAUCCCAAGAAGUUGGAAAAGGAGUAAAGUUGUGUUCCUUCCAAAACCAGGCAGAAGAACACACGAGAAUGCCAAGGAUUUUAGACCUAUAAGCCUUACCUCCUGUAUGCUGAAGGUACUAGAAAGGCUAAUAGAUCUACACGUAAGAGCAAUAAUGGCGGAGAAGUUAUCGAAGUCCCAACAUGCGUACAUGAAGGGCCGAUCAACCGAAACCGCCCUUCACGAGGUGAUAAGUGUAAUCGAAAAAUCACUACACCACAAACAAUACACCAUGGCUGCAUUUCUAGACAUAGAGGGCGCCUUCAACAACAUAGAAGUAAAUGCGAUAAUUAAUUCUCUGGCACAUGGUGGCAUAGACGACACUGUGUGCAGAUGGAUACUAUCGAUGCUUGAGAAUAGGAAGAUUAUAGCUUCAAACGGCGCUGCAACACAAACAAGCUAUGUGAGUAGAGGAACGCCUCAAGGG